CAUGGAUAAUAUUAAAAGUAUCCUUACGCCAUUGACGAAAAUCAAGGAUGGUGCCCUGGAGAUGUUGAAGGACAUGUUUGGAGCUCCAUCUGUUAAAGUGAAGUAUGUGUUCCUGACGGCGGCUUCAGCAAAUCACUUCUCUGAGUCUCAAGCCAUGAUAGAAUCACUGAGCAACAACAUUCUGCCCAGUUUGAAGAACUACUCAUUCUAUUAUUACGACAUGGGGUUAAAGAAGAAUCAAGUUGAACUUCUGCAAAACUUCAGCAAGGCAGAGGUGAUAAAAUUCCCUUUUCAUCGUCUGCCACACCGGUUUGCCAACCUGCGGUGUUAUACAUGGAAGCCGUUGAUACUACAAGCUCAUUUUGACUCAGCAGAACAUGUCAUUUGGAUGGACUCGUCUGUUCUGUUCACGACAAAUAAUACACAAGCAAUGUUCCAGAGACUGAAGUUGACAGGAGUUAUAAUGUCCACCGAAAAAUUCCCAUUUGCUCAGCACACCUCGAUGCAUUUGUUUUCCUACUUCAAUAGUGAUCCAUGUCACUACUCCAUGUACCAAGAAAAUGAGGCAAACUUCAUACUUCUUCAUAAUCAACCAUUUGUGCGAAAACUUAUCAUGGACCCUUGGGUAGCAUGUGCGGUGGAUCCGAAUUGUAUGUGUCAUAACGGAGCACAAAAACUCUUCCGGUGCCCCACCCAUACACGGAAAUAUGGGAAAUGUCAUCGUUAUGACCAGUCAACUAUUGGUCUGAUUCUCCUGAAAUUAUUCAGAAGGAACAUAGCGACAAUUCUGGCCCCAAAAGGUAAAUACGCCCACAUAUCAAGAUCGAAGGAAAGUGGGCAUCGGUACCUUGAAGAACUGUACAAUAAAACAAGACAAAUUAGGCUACCCAAAUAAUUGGCUACUUCCGCAGUAUGGUGUUCGGUGUAUAAGUGGCCAGAGGUGCAGUAUGUGAUAUUGACUGUCUCCGAUGUUGGCUGUGUUGUGUACAACUGGCUGGAGAUGCAGUAUGUGAUCUUGUGUAUGAUAUUGACUGUCUCCGAUAUCGGCUGUGACGUGUACAACUGUGGGUGCAGUAUGUGAUCUUGUGUAUGAUAUUGGCUGUCUCCGAUAUCGGCUGUGUUGUGUAUAACUGUGGGUGCAGUAUGUGAUCUUGUGUAUGAUAUUGACUGUCUCCGAUAUCGGCUGUGUUGUGUACAAGUGGCUAUAGAUGCAGUAUGUGAUCUUGUGUAUGAUAUUGACUGUCUCCGAUGUCGGC